AUGUUCCUCUUGGAGAACCAUGUGGACCCGCUGUUUCGGCCUCCUCUGGCUCUGGCAGUCCUUGCCGCAGCCAUCAAGGUGCUCACAACCGCUUGGGUUAUGGACGAGCCCCUUCUCAAGACCAACGGUGCACUGAAGCAGGAGGGUGAUGCACCGCUGAAGACAAAGGUGACCAGGUUGGUGCUGCGGAUGCUUUUCCUGGCCAUGGCCACCAACACCCUCGUGGAGGACGCCCAAAUGGCCAUGAGCUCACUGGCUCAACUGCGCGGCUUCCAGAAGCUGCAUGCUUUGGCAUUGGUCCUCGCAUUCAGCCCAAACACUCUAGCAGCAGUGGCGGUGUCAUGGAUGAUCGAGGUGAAGCUCAGCUGGACUCACCAGUUUUUCCUUCAGCCCAACAGGCUUAGCAUCAUCUCAGAUAUCAUGGCACUUGUGUACAUUGGCAUGCUUCACAUGGUGUAUGUCUUCCCGCUUUUCCUCUUUGGCACGACUCACAGUGUGCUCGGGUUCUGCGUUUUGUGCUAUGCUUUUGCAUACGACCUGUGCACGCUCCCUUGGAGGUUAGCAUCUGGAGACAUGGCGGAUAUCUGGAUUGCUGUGCCAGUUUUCUUCGCUGGCGUUUUCCUGUUUAUGCUGUACGGGGGAGUAAUGCUUUGUUACUUCUUUCUGAUGAGGGGCCGUUACCCGGACGUCGCCCUGCGAGCCAAGGCUCAAGGACACAGCGAGGAGAAGCUGUUCAAGGAGCAGAUGCCGCAUCAGGUUGCUGCUAGAAUCAUCGGUGCUGCUAGAGAUGGCGGACUGGCCAAGCAGUCAGCGACGGCUGAGCUCAGAGAGCUUAGGUGGAGGACUCUGGAAACGGAUCCCACUCUCGAGAGAGAGGACGAGGACGACAAGUGCAUUCUCAAUGAUGACUUUCUGCUGCUGGCUUGCGCAGGGAAGGUGUUGGGGUGUUUGAGUAUGCCCAUGGUCCAGCUUUGUGUGGUCAUCGCGUCGCAGGUCUACCUUGGACAUGGGUUCUGGGAGGCCGCCAACGCCAGCUUCCAGGAGCGGACCUGGGCUCACUACUGCGAGAAAAUGAGCCGCUUUGCUGAGCAACGGCCCUUCUCAAUGCUCUGGAUGUACGUCUAG